GAACCUCUCUCUCUCUGACAAAAGACACGUAUUCAGUAUUCAUUCACCUCGGUCUUCUCUGCCGCGGACCCAUUACGACGAAGCCGCGCACGAUUCCAGCGGAACAAACUCUCCGAUUCUUCCUCCAAAUUUUCCCGAGAAAAUCUCGCUCCCAGAAAAUCUAGCUCACUCUCCGUCAUCCUCAUAUAUCCACACCACCUCACUCUCAUGGAUCGGAGGAGAAACGCGAGUCCUGUCUACGCGCGCCAGUGGAGCGGCGGUUCCAGCAGCACCGGCUCCUCCUCUCCGGCCAUGUCGCCGGCUCAUCCUCAGUCGCGCCUCGGUUCCACCGGUCUCUCCACCGUCAAGCGCACGCAAAACGUCGCCGCUAAAGCCGCCGCGCAGCGCCUCGCUCGCGUCAUGGCGUCUCAGAACGCCGUCGCCGAUGACGGCGAGGAUGACGACGAUCUCGAUUUCCGCUUCAGCGCUCCGCCUCCUGCCGCUCUCUCUUCUUUCUCCGGCAGCAGUAACAGGAGCACCAGCGCUAAUGCUGCCGCCAUUCCUCCGAUUUCGGUCGCCCGGCCUAACAGAUCUCCUUCUCCUGCGUUAGGUCGGAACUUUGUAGAGCAUACUCAUUCGGUUCGUUCAACAUCAGCUGGAAGGCCGGCUGUUUCGGUUCGCUCAGCGGCAGUGGUGCCACCGAACAAAUCCACAAUCCGAACGCCUAUGGCUAUACCGCCUAUUGAUCCUCCUACCAAUCGGAAUAGAGACAAAAGGUUUCAAUCAGAUAUAUCUAUCAGACCACUUAACUCAAAAGACACAGGAGAUCAGCGUGAAGCUUCUGCACUCCGUGAUGAACUUGAUAUGCUACAAGAAGAGAAUGAGAAUAUAUUAGAAAAGCUAAGACAAGCAGAGGAAAAACGCCAAGAAGUUGAGGCCAGAGCUAGGGAACUUGAGAAACAGGUUGCUUCUCUUGGAGAAGGUGUAUCCCUGGAAGCUAAACUGCUGAGCAGGAAAGAAGCUGCUUUGCGUCAAAGAGAGGCUGCUCUCAAGGCUGCUCAACAAACACAGAGUGGGAGAGAUGAGGAUAUUGCAGCCCUUCGUGUGGAAAUUCAGAACCUAAAAGAUGAUGCUGCAGCAGCUUUGGAACAACAGCAAGAAGCUGAAGCUGAAGCAAAGGCACUUCGCACAAUGACACAGAGAAUGAUUUUGACCCAGGAAGAAAUGGAGGAAGUUGUUCUGAAGAGGUGUUGGCUAGCCCGCUACUGGGGUCUUGCUGUAAAAAAUGGCAUAUGUGCAGAUAUAGCGCAAUCCAAGCAUGAAUAUUGGUCUUCUCUAGCUCCCCUUCCUUUUGAACUUGUCAUCUCUGCUGGACAGAAGGCCAAGGAGGAAUCUUGGAACAAAAGUGCUGAUGGUUCAGAUAGAAGCAGAGCUGUUCGUGAUUUGAAUGAUCUUGCUGGGGAAGGAAAUAUUGAGAGUAUGCUUUCAGUUGAGAUGGGUUUGAGGGAACUUGCUUCCUUAAAGGUUGAGGAUGCUGUUGUGCUCGCAUUAGCCCGACACAGAAGACCAAAUUCUGUUCGGCAGUCCGUUUUAGAUUCCAAAUCACAUGGUGAUGUCAAAUAUUCGGAAGCAUUUGAAUUAAGUGAAGAGGAAGCAGAAGACGUACUUUUCAAAGAGGCAUGGUUAACUUAUUACUGGAGAAGAGCUUUAUUUCAUGGUGUGGAAGAAGAUAUUGCAGAAGAGCGGCUUCAGUUUUGGAUUGCCCGCAGUGGGCAGUCACCAACUUCACAUGAUGCUGUUGAUGUUGAGCGAGGUUUGUUGGAGUUGAGGAAGCUGAGUAUAGAACAGCAACUUUGGGAAGCAUCUCGGAAGGGAAUUGAUCAGCCUCAGGAGUCAGCGGAUGUUAAUCAUAAGCCUGCCACUGACUCUGAUGAUGCCUCAUCCUGAUUUCUGAGCCCUUUAGCUGUUAAUUCAUUCUUUGUCCUAUAUGUAUAUUUUUGUUUUGUUUUCUACACAAGUUUUUCAUUCUGUAAACAUCUAUACAUUAUAUUCGGGAAAUACAAAGAAAGCAAGAAUCUUUACUUUGCACGUGACAGUGGGUUGUAAUAGUUAAUAAUAUACAUAAGACUGAAAUUUUCCCUAUUCUUCAAAUUAAAUUUUGUAAUUUGUGAAUCAAGCCUGUUUGUUAUCAAAUCAAAUGCACGAGAAUAUCGGCCAAUUAUUAUC